UCCUCGGAUCAUGAAGACCAAUUUAACUCCCACUAAAAUUCACAUCAUGGGCAUUUUUUGUACUUUUCAUUUUCAAAAGUGUUACAUAAAACACACCUCAUGCACCUGAGGAGGUGAAGGAGAUCUUCUCUGCGCUUGUCCUCCAGGUUCCUCCAGGUUCCUCCGAUGCAACUGACCCGGGAAGAGGACUCUGUCAGGGGGGACUCAGCGCCGCCGACAUCUCGCAGGUCUUCGGGCAAAAUGUGCGGCGAGUGCUACGAGAAUCAAACGUUUAUCAAUGACGACGGCAGCGUGAACGACCGCAAGACACGCUCUUGCAAGGGACCACGCCACACCAUCAGCAGCACCAGCGGGGUGAUCUUGGACAUCUCCAGGUUGAAGAUGGAGCAGCUGGAGAGCGAGGUGCCGCCGUUGCCACCCCGCUUUCGCUUCCGAGACCUCCUGCUCGGGGACCAGAGCUUCCAGAACGACCGGGUGCAAGUUGAGUUUUACGUGAACGAGAACACCUUCAAGGAGCGUCUGAAGCUGUUCUUCAUCAAAAAUCAACGCUCAAGCCUCAGAAUCCGCGUGUUCAACUUCUCCUUGAAGCUGCUCACCUGCCUGCUCUACAUCAUCCGAGUGGUGACGGACAACCCAGGUCAGAGCGCGAGCGCUACUCACAGCCCGAGCCAACCGAACACCGCCGGCGGCAACACCAAGUGCAUGGACUGCCCCUGGAAUGGAUCAGUCCAAGACCGAGACAUUAACUGGGAGUUGAUCUUUUGGGUGGACAGGAAGGUUCCUGUCUGGGCCAUUCAAGUUACAGUGGCCAUCAUCAGCUUCCUGGAGACGAUGCUGCUGAUGUAUUUGAGCUACAAGGGGAACAUUUGGGAGCAGAUAUUCCAAGUUUCCUUUCUUCUGGAGAUGAUCAACACGGUUCCUUUCAUCAUCACGAUCUUCUGGCCAUCCAUAAGGAACAUCUUCAUCCCCGUCUUCCUCAAUUGCUGGCUUGCCAAAUGCGCUCUGGAAAACAUGAUCAAUGAUGUCCACAGAGCAAUCCAGAGAACCAACUCAGCCAUGUUCAACCAGGUCCUCAUCCUCAUCUGCACUCUGCUAUGCUUGGUCUUCACUGGAACGUGUGGAAUCCAGCACCUGGAGCGAGCAGGGAAAAACCUCUCCCUGUUCAACUCCUUCUACUUCUGCAUCGUCACCUUCUCCACAGUAGGCUUCGGUGACGUCACCCCCCGAAUUUGGCCGUCGCAGCUCCUGGUGGUCAUUAUGAUCUGCGUGGCCCUUGUGGUGCUGCCGCUGCAAUUUGAGGAGCUGAUGUACCUGUGGAUGGAGAGCCAGAAGUCUGGGGGGAAUUACAGCCGCCACCGCGCGCAGACAGAGAAACACGUGGUAUUGUGUGUCAGCGCGCUUAAAAUCGACCUGCUCAUGGACUUCCUCAAUGAGUUCUACGCCCACCCCAGACUGCAGGAUUACUACGUGGUGAUACUGUGUCCGAGCGAAAUGGACCUGCAGGUGCGGAGGGUACUUCAGAUCCCUCUGUGGUCGCAGAGAGUCAUCUAUCUGCAGGGAUCGGUUCUCAAAGACCAGGACCUGCUCCGAGCCAAGAUGGACGACGCUGAGGCCUGUUUCAUCCUGAGCAGUCGUAACGAGGUGGAUCGCAUGGCGGCGGACCAUCAGACCAUCCUGAGAGCCUGGGCCGUCAAGGACUUUGCUCCAAACUGUCCACUUUAUGUUCAGAUCCUCAAACCUGAAAACAAGUUCCAUGUCAAAUUUGCAGACCACGUCGUGUGUGAGGAGGAGUUCAAGUACGCCAUGUUGGCUCUUAACUGUGUGUGUCCUGCCACCUCCACCUUGGUCACGCUUCUUGUGCACACCUCCAGUGGACGGGAAGGACAACAGUCUCCGGAGCAGUGGCAGAGAAUGUACGGGUGUUGCUCCGGCAACGAGGUCUACCACAUCAGGCUGAGCGACAGCAAGUUUUUCGGGGCAUACAGCGGCAAAAGCUUCACCUACGCUUCUUUCCACGCUCACAAAAAAUAUGGAGUGUGUUUGAUUGGCAUCAGGAGGGAGGAGAACAAGAGCAUCCUUUUAAACCCCGGCCCUCACCACAUCAUGGCUGCCACAGACACCUGCUACUACAUCAACAUCACAAAGGAGGAAAACUCAGCCUUCAUCUUCAACCAGGAGGAACGGAAGGGACGCGCUGGUGUGGGACUCUAUGACGGACCCUCGCAGCUUCCCGUGCACAGCAUCAUUGCCAGCAUGGGCACCGUGGCGAUGGAUCUUCAGAACUCCAGUCCGCCUCACAUACCGGGCGCUAAGCUGGUACCGCCCGCGCUCAACGGAAUGGGCAGUCGUCGCCCGAGCAUCGCUCCGGUUCAGGAAAUCGCAGACUCUUCGGCGAUCCUGCCAUGUGACCUUCUUGGCGACCAAUCAGAGGAUGACUCUGUCUUCAGUGAUGAGAGAGAGCAUUCGUCCACCGAGUAUGUGAAAGGUUACCCCCCUAACUCUCCUUACAUCGGAAGCUCGCCCACCUUGUGCCAUCUGCUGGCUGAGAAAGCCUCAUUUUGCUGCCUACGUCUGGACCAGGGUUGCAGGCACAACAGUUCAGAAGACGCCAAGGCGUACGGUUUCAAAAACAAGCUGAUCAUCGUGUCCGCUGAGACAGCAGGGAAUGGUCUCUAUAACUUCAUAGUGCCUCUCAGAGCGUAUUACAGACCCAGGAAAGAACUGAACCCCAUCGUGUUACUGCUGGACAACCUGCCAGACAAUCACUUUCUAGAAGCCAUCUGUUGCUUCCCCAUGGUCUACUACAUGGCGGGGGCCAUUGACAAUCUUGACAGCCUGCUUCAGUGCGGCAUUAUAUACGCCGACAACUUGGUCGUCGUGGACAAAGAGAGCACAAUGAGCGCAGAGGAGGACUACAUGGCCGACGCCAAAACUAUUGUCAACGUGCAGACAAUGUUUCGGUUGUUUCCCAGCCUAAGCAUCAUCACGGAGCUCACACAUCCGUCCAACAUGAGGUUCAUGCAGUUCAGGGCAAAGGACUGCUACUCUCUGGCUCUCUCCAAGCUGGAAAAGAAAGAGCGUGACAAAGGCUCCAACUUGGCCUUCAUGUUCCGCCUCCCCUUCGCCGCAGGCCGAGUGUUCAGCAUCAGCAUGCUCGACACGCUGCUCUACCAGUCUUUUGUGAAGGACUACAUGAUCCUCAUAGCGAGGUUGCUGCUGGGACUGGACACCACUCCUGGAUCAGGAUACCUCUGUGCUAUGAAGGUCACUGAGGGAGACCUGUGGAUUGGUACCUAUGGAAGACUCUUCCAGAAGCUCUGCUCAUCCAGUGCCGAAAUUCCAAUUGGGAUCUACCGGACCGAGUCACACAUUUUCUCCACUUCUGAGGCAAGAGGAACAUCUACAUCAGGAACAUCUCAGGCAUCCGUGGAUGAGUGCGAGGACACAAGGGACAGAGGUCAAGAGCCCCAGCGCCCCAAUGAUCAGUCGGACCGCCCCCUGCUUAGAAAGAAGAGCAUGCAGUGGGCGCGUCGUCUGAGUAAAAGAAGCACGCGGUGGCAGGGGACAAGCCGGGACUCCACCAAGGACCACGCCCAGCGCAUCGCCCAGCAGCGUCUGAAUCUCUACCGACGCUCUGAACGGGAGGAGCUUUCUGAGCUGGUGCGCAACCGCAUGAGGCAUCUGGGACUUCCUACCUCAGGAUACGAGGACUUGAACAAUCUGACAGCCUGUGAUGUCAUGAACAGAGUCAAUCUGGGAUACCUCCAAGAUGAACAGAACGACCACCAAAACACGCUGUCCUAUGUCCUGAUCAACCCGUCACCUGACACCCGUCUAGAGAUCAAUGAUGUUGUGUACUUGAUACGCUCUGAUCCUCUGGCUCAUGUCCCCGAAGAGCCCCCGAUCCACAGCAGUAGUCUGAAAGAGAGGCACGAGUCCAGCUUUGAGACCAGGGAAGACACACAACUCUGAUCCCUUGGCCUUACCUGGAGGUUUAAACCACUACGGGACCAGCACCGCAGUCUUCUACGGUCAUCUCUCGAGUAGCUCCUUUUUUGGCAGGUGGCCUUUGACAGCAUCACGACGAACCAGACGGCGGCUUUCGGGUUGAAUGAUCGGUUUUGUUACAACUUAGAGAGCCCUCAGGUGAAGUACAAACCCAACUGAAAGACGGAAGUAUUUCAUCCACGUGAAUGCUGCACUCAGGACGCGGAAAAGAAAGAAAAUAAAGCUGGUCCCUCCUGCGUUUCCACAAACUUGGAAACAUACAACGAUCCCAAAAGGUCUUGAUAAGGUCAGGAAUUAAGAGUCAAGGACAAAUAAGGGGUCGAGUUUCUUACUUGAUGAAGAAAUGUGUCGAAAUUAUUUUCCCUCGUUUAUCACGGUCAACAGGUUCCAGACUCGAUGUGAUAAGUGAAUUUUGGCAAAGCGGGACUCCCUUUUUAUAAAUAUAUUCUUUUCGUAGAGCAUGGAAAUCCUUCUAAAUACACCAUUAGAGCCUUCAAGAGAUGAAAUAGCACCCCUACAGUCACCUUUACACUUGUAUUACCCAAUAUAGUAGACAUAAGAGAAAAGACCUUUAAUAAAUAUACCAUAUUUUCCGGACUAUAAGUCGCACUUUUUUCAUAGGUUGGCUGUUCCUGCGACUUAUACUCCAGAGCGACUUAUAAAUGAAAAAAAUGUUUUUGUUACAUAAACACUGGACACCUUUUCUGUUUAUGGUUAUUUUUUGUGUAGCUGAAUAAGCAUUGUGUUAGCAUAUCUUACACCUAUUCAGCCUGUUCUCUAUUCUUUUAUUGUUAGAACUUGCCUUCCAAGAGGACGUAAUGUCUGUUUUAGUCACGUAGUUUGGAAAAUAAAUUACCUGCAAAAAAUGCGACUAACUCCAGUGCGACUUAUGUAUGUUUUUUUUUUCUACCUAAUUGUGCAUUUUUGGCCUUGUGCGACUUACAGUCCAGAAAAUACGGUAUUUGGAAAAACGCGAUCGUGAAAGUCGAAGCAUGACGUGGUGAGGGACAACUCUUGUGCAUUUAUCGCAGGUUUCUAUCCAUCUUUAGUUGAUUAAAGCUGGACUGACUGUAUGCUCUGUAAACUAUACUUCAAUUUAAGCUUGACUAUUUAUUACAAAAACCUUUGCAACUACAAGUUUAAAAACAAGUUAGUAUUUUUGUAGCUGGGCAUUAGCAGUAGUUAUACUCUAGUGUUGAGGUUUUCAUUUGUAGGAGUAACAAUGAUCGUUAUGUAUUGAUGUUUGUACUCUACUCAGCUGACUUUAAACAGGGGACUGAUGUA